AUGGACCAUUGGGGAAUUCUUAAAUGUAUGACACCAGGACACAAAGACAUUCCAUUACAAAAAUGGAUAGAACCAAUUGGAAGAGCAAAUAAGGAAUGUAAUAUUCAUGAACCAAAUAUAAGUUCAAAACAUUGUAUAAUUGAAAAAAGAAUGAUUGGAAAUGAAGCAAUUUUCUUUAUUACUGAUGUUUCUAGUAAUGGGACGUGGGUGAAUCAUAAUCGAAUUGAUAAAUUAGAACAAGUUCCAUUAACAUGUUAUGACGAAAUUACUUUACUAGAUCCAAACCUUCAAAAGAAGAAAUGUAUUAGUUAUAUGUUUGUAGACAUGGAAUUUGAAAAAAAGGAAUCUACUUUAGGUGGACCACAAAAUCGAUAUGAAAUAUUAGACUUUUUGGGAGUAGGAGGAUUUGGUGUUGUUAGAAAAGUAAAAAGAAUUAGUGAUGGAACUUUAUGGGCAAUGAAAAAAAUUAAUAUCUCAAAAGCAAGAGCUAAAGGAGAAGAUAAAAUGAUUCGCAAUGAAUGUGAGGUUUUAAGACAAGUAAAUCAUCCAUCUAUUAUCAAAUUAGGAGAAGUUUUAGAAACUAGAGACUAUGUAUAUAUCAUUAUGGAAUUUAUUAAUGGUGGAAAUUUAUUAAGAGGUGUUAGAUUAGCUAAUGAACAUGAAAGAGAAAUUCAUAAACAAGAAUUUGAUAUUUUAAAAGAAAAGAUGGCAGAUUGUGUAAAUAAAAAUAAAGUAGAUGAAUAUAAUGCUCUUGAAGAAAAAUAUCUUAACUUAAAAGAAGAAGUUGAUUCUACUGCAUUCUCAGAAGAUGUUUGUCGUUUAAUUACUAAACAAAUACUUGAAGCUUUAAAAUAUCUUCAUUCUAAAAACAUUAUUCAUAGAGAUUUAAAGUUAGAAAAUAUUAUGUGGACAGGAAAAAAUUAUGAAAUUCGUGUAACAGACUUUGGUCUUGGAAGAGUUGUUGGAGAUGAUUUUAUAGCUGGGACAAUUUGUGGAACAACAUUAUAUGCUCCACCAGAAUUUUAUAAACGACAACCAUAUAAUGGACCAAAAGCAGACAUAUACAGUUGUGGAAUAGUCUUGUAUAAUAUGAUUUGUAAUAAUUUUCCAUUUGAUCGUUCAUUAAAUCCAUCUGAACUAGCUCGUGCUAUAUCUGAAGGAAAGAUUAUAAAAAGAAAGAAACUCGAAUCAAGUUCAAUAGAGUUGAUUGACUUAUUAAAUAAUAUGUUAUGUGUUGAUCCAGAAAAGAGAUUUACAUCAGAACAAUGUUUAAAUCAUGAAUUCUUUGAAAGAAAACAUGAAGCUUCAAGUCCUUUAAUAGAACUUAGUAAACCAGCAUUUUAA